AUGAUUUUCGAAACAAUAGAUAAUAUUCUUGAUUUACUGAUCUUUACUCAUCGUAGACUUUUAUGGUCAUCAUGUACAUUAUAUUUUAUUGCUGCUUCGAUUAACAAUAUUUUGGCUAUUUAUUUAGCAAUACUUAAUAGACUUCUUGUUGAUGGAUUCUCUAUUAAUGUUGGAUCUUUACUACUAAUUAUAUGUAAAUUAAGAAUUUAUUUUGGUUAUAUGGUUUUAGCUUUAUCUCCUUAUUUUCUUAUGUUGGCUUGUUUUGAUCGAUAUUGUUUGAGUUCAACAUCGAUAACACGUCAUUCUUGGAGUUAUAAGAAAACAGCAAAAUGA